GUGUUUCCCAUCGGGCCUUGCGGCGGCGGCGGCGCGGGCUGCGGGAAUGAGGUAAAGGCGGGAGGGGCGGGGGCGCGCGGCAGGAAGCUCGGCGGCCAGGCGGUAACGGCGAGCGGCGCGCAGUGAGCCCGGCCCCAUGGCGGACACCAAGGAAACGCAUGAUGAGCAUGAUACUUCAACUGAAAAUGCAGAUGAUUCUAACCAUGAUCCUCAGUUUGAGCCCAUAGUUUCCCUUCCUGAGCAAGAAAUAAAAACUCUGGAAGAAGAUGAGGAAGAACUCUUUAAGAUGCGAGCAAAGCUAUUUCGAUUUGCAUCCGAGAAUGACCUUCCAGAAUGGAAAGAACGAGGAACCGGUGACGUAAAACUCCUAAAACACAAGGAGAAGGGAACAAUUCGCCUUCUCAUGAGGAGGGAUAAAACCCUAAAAAUCUGUGCAAACCAUUAUAUCACACCUUUAAUGGAGCUGAGGCCUAAUGCUGGGAGCGACAGGGCGUGGGUCUGGAACACACAUGCUGACUUUGCAGAUGAAAGCCCCAAGCCUGAGCUUCUGGCAAUCCGGUUUUUAAAUGCAGAGAAUGCACAGAAAUUCAAGGCAAAAUUUGAAGAAUGCAGGAAUGAAGUAAACCAGAGAGCAAAGAAAGCAGGCACAGACAAAAAUGAUAGCGCUGAUAAAGUUGCUGAAAAACUAGAAGAGCUUUCUGUAAAGGAAGAGAGCAAAGAAUCUGAGAAGAAAGAGACCAAGGAAAAAACUGAAGAAAAGCAAUAAAUCAUUCUGGGCCUUGCAGUUUUUCCUUUCGUUGUUUUGUUGUUUUUUUUUUAAUUUCCAUUUUUUUUCCCUUUUUUCUUUCUUUUUUUUUUUAUUUUUUUUUACAAGGGACUUUAUAAGGAACUGAAUUCAACGUUCAGGUUAUUUUUUUCUAAGCUUUUGUCCUUUUGAAGAUGUCUUCAGAAAAAUCCAUUCCCCAGUCAUGAAAAUGUACUGUGCUAACUUUCUUUUCCAUAGUGGAAACACUUAUUUAUAGUCAUCCAAAAGAGUGAAUAAAACAAACUUGAAAAUGGGAUCAGAGGACAGAACUGAAUUUUCUAUGUACUUUAAGAGCUUAUGAAUACACUUGUUUCAUUGGAUGUUGAGAUACAUAUCAUCAUACCUGUGGAUUAACUAGGGUAACAGGGAAGAUUAAGAUUAUAUACAUGUUUCUUAUGUGGCUUCUAAAACUGUAAUAUAACAGAGCCUUCACAAUUUCUGCUGUGUGUUCCUGAGCAGGGAAUGUGCCUGAUUUUUUGAUGUGCAGCAGACUUCUGGAAUCGGGCGAUAGAGCAUUCCUGCCAUACUUUUAAUGGUGUUCCAUCAGACAGUGAAAAUAAAGGUAGGGGGAAAAUGUAUUAUGUAAGACUUGAAGUAUUUUCCUCUUACAAGACAAAAUCUCAGUUUACCUCAUGCACCAUAAAUUUGUUAAAUGCUUGACUCUAGCACAAAGUUGAUGCUGUGGUCCAAGAUCUUUCAUGGUGUGCUGCUUGCUGUCUGAAGGCAGUGGCAGCCUCUUAACGUUAAGGUGUAUACAAAGGAAUCUUAAUUGUUUGAGUACCUUACUAUGGGAUUCCUUGUGUCAUCACAUCAUAAAAGUUGUACUUUAUAGCUUUUUUUCAGUGCUUUGGACCUUGCAUUGUUUUUACAAACCAGAGGGGUUCUGAACUUUUAAGAUGAGUGUUGGAACAGUUAUGCUGUACACACUUCAGGGGUGCUCUCCUUGCCAGAAUAGGCAAAUUGAUCAAAUCUUUUCUCUGCAAGUGUUUUCUGUUUAUCCAGUUUUAAGUUAGUGCUAGAGAGCAGGAAAAAGCCCUAUAGUGAGCAAUAAAAUUGACACGGUUUAAAGUCUGAUGGUGGUUAACAGUGAAAUUCAAUUAAUCUAAUACAAGGAUAGCAUUAGGAUAGGAUGAAAUUCUUUAAUACUGUUUCCACAAUAAUUAUGAGAACUUGACAAAGUAUGCUGAACUAAGGCUGUAUGAUGUCAAGAUUGGAUAGGAAGACCCUUCUGUCUUCAUAAAGAGGCUUUCCAAGUAAGUGAGGCUCUGCAGUCUACCUGAGGAAAAUGUAUUUCUUAAAAUCUUGUCUUUCUACUUUAGCACUUCCUUUUGCUGCUACAAUGAACUAGUCUGAAAUUUGGAGCUGUAAUUAAGGUACUCAUUCAUUCAAACGACAUAAUUCUUUUGGUGUUGUGCAUGUUCCCCUUCAAGUACAGCAGAUGUCAAAAGUCUGUUAAUUAACAAAGAUGGUUGAAAGGUAAAGUAAAAUGCUCUUUAGUGUUUCUGGUUUGGAAAUAACAAGACAAAGCUAUUCUGAAGUACUUAGCAUUUGAAUGUAAAAGCCAAAUCUUUAUCUGUGAGUCACUGUAAAUUCUCUGAUCUGAUAAUGUCAAACAGUGUGUCUAAAUUGAUAAAAUGCCGUUUAAAAAUUUCAAAAUAAAUCUAAAUUUUCAUUUAAA